AAAGUCAUCAGAUGUUAAAGUUGGAAGUAAUGGUUUAAAUAGUAUUUAGUUUGUGCCUUCUUAUGAAUUUAUCUUGCAUUUUUUGCAUUAUAAAUAUUUGUGGAUUUACAGCAACAUAACAUUUGCUAUGCAUCUUUAUUGGCUGCAUGUCCUUUGUCAGGUGUUGGGAACACAAAGAUGAAAAAUGACAAAGUCCUCAUCCUGAGGAUAUUUAUAAUCUGGUGGGGGAAUGUGAUGAGGAAUGCAUAGCUUCACAAAAUGAUGCCAGGUAGAAUGCAAUUUCAUCAUAGAAGAAAAGCAAAUACAUUUUUAAUUAAAAAAAAACAUGUCUUAGUAGCAAUUCUAAGAGCAGGUACAAGGGCUAGGUAACUGAGGUUAAGGUAAGAAAUGUCUCAAGGCCUGGUUCUCUAACCACUAUGCUACUUAGAUGCCUCUGCAAACAUAUUUUCUAAGAAUAUUUGUGGGAGAGAAGUUCAGCCAGGGGAACAAAAAAAGGUUUUACAGAGGUUGUGGUGCAUGAAUUGGUCUUUGAGAGAGAGGAGGAAUUUUGAUAAAGAUGAGGAGAGAAUGCACUCUAGGCACAGAGGAUGAUAUAUAUAUAUAAAUACACAGAGGCAGGAGAAUAAAGAAUGAUAUUACUGAAGGAGUCUCACAAUCUAGUUUGACAGGAACCUAGAACACAUGAAGGAAUAUUGAGAAGUAAGGCUGAAAAUGUGGCUUAGUGAUAGAUUGUGAUGAGCCAAGAUAUCUGCAUUUUAGCCUGAAGAUGAUAGGAAGCCACUGAAGGUAUUUCAAUAGAUUAGUGAUCUGGUCACAUAGGUAUCCGAGGAUUAAAAAUAUGAAUUGUUCUUUUUAAUCAGCAUGAAAAAUUAUUGGGUGGCUCCUUCCACUAUGCAGGUUGGCACCUUCUCUACAAUUUAUGAUUGUUAAAGAGUUAUUUGGAACACUGAAAAAUUAAAUGGCUUGCCUUGAUCUAAGGCAACACUUGAACCCAGGUCUUCUUGGCUUGAUUCUAUCAUGUUGUUUCAUAGAUAUGAACAUUAAGGGGAAAAAAAUUUUAAGAGUUUCAUGAAGGAUGAACUAGAAAGAAGAAGUACAUUGUAGUUGCUUAUAAGAAGCAAUUAACUUAAAAAAAAUCCAGAGAAGUUUAUUAGCAGCAAAACAAAACAAACACACACACAAAAAAACCAACACAGCCCUAGACAUGAAUGAUCUCAGAUGCUUUUUCAAAUAUACCCUGCUAUAUCUUUUAGUUAACAACAUGAUGUGUUAAAAUGUAUAUAUCUCCAAAAGAUUCCCAAUGAGUGUCUUCCUAAAGGAAAUUUAGGAAUUAGAUCAGGCAGGUGGGAGAAACAAUAUGAUAAGACAAGUCUUUGGAUAGCCCUCAAAUCAUGCUACAAAGGAUACUACCUAAACUACCUUUGCUCAAGGACAGCCCUGGACAUCUGAGAAAAGCAAUUUAAAUCUAUUUAAGGAAUUUCAAAUAAUAAGGAAACGGGUGGUUUUAAGUUUGUGAAAAUGAAUGUGAACAAUCCUUCUGGUGAAACCAUCUCUACUUUUCUUCAUUGGGAAAAUUAUUGUUGGAUUUACUAGUACAGUUGCUCUUUCUCACCAGAUAAGAGAAGAUAAAAAUUACUCAUGUUGUCCUCUAGCCAGCCUGAUUACUCAAGUGUUUCUCUGUGAUUUCAGUCUUCCCUCAUCUGUCCCAAUAUGAAAUCAAUUUUCUCCAAUUAUAGCACAUAGAGGUUUGCUAUUGCCAGUUCUUUUUGAGCUGAAAAUUACCCUAUCAUGGGUUCAAUUAACUUGCUAAUCCUCCCUUGUGAUACAAAGCUUUCACAAGCUUAAGAUUUUCAAUAUGUGUCAAAAAUAUUUGGACAGCACCAGGUGUCUGAGUGCAAUUGGCUAAUUAGAAAUCAUAUCUUUCCUUAUUUAUAAUCAUCAACUUCUAUUGAAUUAUUCUCAGGUAUGUAAUAUUUUACUAAGAAUUAUGGACAUUUAUCAAACACAGAGAAGACAUGCAUGGUGCACAAGGAUGUGUUUUGACAGUGAGAUUUGAAGCCAGGGAGAGCAAAGGACAUGGUUUCAAGUAUUGACUUCUUGUCAAAGGGGAAGUCUAGCUGAAGUCGCUCAGGUGGAAGCUAGGAUGUAAGGUUGCUUAGAGGCAGCAGACAAAAAUUAUUGCCAAAAUAGCCACAUUAAAAUUCAGAAGCCAUAGAAGAAUAAAUUAUCAGUGGGUUGGAAUGGAAAUUCCAUGGCAUUUUAGCUGCAACUGGAAUGGUCAUGGGGCUGUCUUUUCCCUCCAUGCCUCAUAAUAACUUUUUAGCAUGCUUUGCCCACACAGUUCUACAGCACUAUAAUCUACCUCUGAAGAGUUACAAUCGACACAAUAAAGCCCUUGUCUUAGAGGAUAUGAUAAUCUCAUUGGCCAUAAGAAAUGAUCUCAUAGGCUAAGUAACAGACAUAUGCUCUUUCUAGGGCAGAGGGGAAAUUAUGGUAGCAGAGCUAAAUAAUUCAAGUCUUAACCUUGAGCUGUUGAGGAAAGCAAUGUACCAAGGACUUCAGAGUGGUUCUCUAUGUUCAUCCUUCCCUCCUUGAGUCUCAUGUAUGGAGAGGGAUUAUUUCUAUUUUCUUUUUGGUAGAGAGUGUGAAUUAUCUGGAACAAUCGCUUUGUAUGGUUAGUUUUAAAUUAUUUGUUUUAUUUAGUAGUUAAAAAAUUCAACCCACAGUUGUUAUUCUAUUAUUAAAAUAAUUCCCUAAAUGAAAUGGAGAAGCUUUGUGUGUUUUUGAGAUAUUUGUAUUUUAAAAUAAAUUUAUUUUCUUAAAGUGAAUAUUAGGCAGAAUUUACUUUCAUUUCCUAAUUCUGUUUAAUAAAACUGAAAUAUUCUUAGAAAAUAAGUCUAGAAUAUCCUUUCUCUUCCCACUUUGUUCAUUUUCAAUGGCUAUUCUCCAGGCCUGGAAUUCUCUCUGUCCUUAUCUCCACCUCCUGACUUCACAGGUUUCCAACAGAUAAAAUCCCACUUUCUGCUUGUACAUAAUCAUUUGCAUGUUUUGAUGGAUUAGACCAUGACCUCUUUGAGCAAAAGGACUAUUUUCCAUCUUUUUUUCCUUUUUUGUACACCCAGGAUUUAGCAAAGUGCCUGACACAUAAUAGGAACUUAAUAAUGUUUGAUGAUUUAAUUGUUUUGACUUCCAAAGUGAAGUCUAAAAACAUUCAAUUUCCAUUUGAGCCCCUGUUUCUCUUAUGUGUAAGAUAAUAUUAAAAAUCAUAGAUGUCCCUCUAUCUAAGGGAGUAUGCAAACCCAAACAAUUUCCUGAAUAUAAAUUACAUAUACUUUGUCUUUCAUAGCAACUCUAAUCUAAGAGCAAGUAAUCAUAUAAUAUUUAAUCUCAGGUACAUAAGAGGGAAAGAGAUCAACUUACACAUAGAUGGUGUCUCCAGCUUUCCUCCAGGAUGGCAUCUCCUACUUGAAGCUUUUCCCUAUUUUCUCCGUUGUUAAUGUUCCUCAUCCUAAGUGACUGUGUAUUUAAUAUAUCUAUAUCUAUAUAGCUAUAGCUACGUCAUUGAAAUUUAUAUCUAUAUCACCACCUCUCUCUCACUCCAUAUAUAUAUAUGUAUAAUAUAUAUAUAUGAUAUUUUCUUUUUCAUAGAAUACAAGAUCUUUGAGGGCAGGGACUGUUUAGUUUUUACUUUCAAAGCCAAAAUACUUAGACUGGUCCCUUGUAGCUAAAAAAUUUAAUAAAUUCUUAUUGUGUUUGAUAGAUUAUUCACUUUGCCUGAAAAGAAAUUAAAGCAACCCAUCAAAAGCUCAGAAAUCAUAAUUCUUUUGAGUCAUUUUAAAUAACUAACCUCAUUUUGCAUAUCUGUAUGAUUAAAGUUAGCAUAUGGAGAGAGAACAGGGGCAAAUUAAUAGAGAUGCUAUGAAGAUUGCUGAGAUUACUAAUUUCUGAAGCCUAGUAGAAAAGCCAUGUGUUUCCCUUUAAGGCACAUAAUGUAUAGUCAUGCUGCCAGGCAGCCUCUAAGAAGCCUUCCCCAGGGGAAUGGGUCACUCCUCUCUUAGGGUAUGCUCAGUUCAGACAUUAAUAAGUCAUCUGUUUCAGUAGUUUUCUAUAUAUGGAGUGGGGGUCAUGAAAGCAAGAUAGGUAUCUUUGUUCUUCACUUCUGGAAAAGGAGGUUAUUCCAAAGCCAGGAGCCAAUGCCCCUGGAGUAGCUUUCAAAAUCUCUUAUAUUCCUUUUGCAGAAAAGCUUUGGUAAAUUGUUUCUAAGCCCAACUUUGUUGACCAUUUUGCUGACUAUUGGCUGGAUAUGGUGAUAACUAGCAUUUCACACAUCUCCCCUCCCCAAAGGGGAAGGAAAAUGCAGACCUGGAAAGUUAGGAAUAUUAAGUGCACUGUGCUCUAUUCUGGUAUUAUCGCUUCUAAAAAUAUGACCAAUAAGUUUUAUAAAUUAUCGGGGCCUCUGUAUUUUGCAUUUCAGGUAUUUGGAUGUGUAGGGGGGCAGUGAGUGUGUGAAGAAAAGAGAGACAGAGUCAGAGAAGCAGAGAGAGAGAGACAGAAAGAGACAGACAGAGAGAAAGAGUUUUAAAGGAACGAGCUUCCAAAGGGGGAAAAAAUCACUAGGGAAGACCAAAAGGAACUGACUGGGGGUACACACAAUAGACACAUGUAAUAUUUCUCUGAAAUCCUCUGUGCCUGGGAGUGGGAAGCUGUCAUUUGCUUAGGCUAAUUAUACAUGCAGCAGAAGUGCAAGGUGAUUGGCUGUAGUAACACUGAAGGCAAAGGAAGGGAGGGGAGAGGAAGGGAAAGAGUCUUGCUGCAGACAAAUGUAAACAGUGGAAAGAAAGAGAUCGAGAGUAAAAGCUUGGGGUGCUCUCCUCUUUAAACAGCCCCCGGAAAUCUGCAAUGGCUCAUGUAGCCAGCCUUUUGUUCACCUAGCUCCAGCAGCCCCUGUGGGGUGGACGGAAAGCCAGUGCUGUGAAGGCUGCCAAUGUCUCUUCCAUGGAUUUUAACAAUAGGGACGGUGGGGAUGCACUAGCUCCCCUCAGUACUGCAGCUCCUGGCCCUGCAUGCUAGUUCAAACGGGGCAAUGGAAACAAGCAUGAGGAAGUUCACAGUGCGUAGAUUCUUCUCGGUGUAUCUCCGCAAGAAAUCCCGUUCGAAGAGUUCGAGUUUAAGUAGAUUUGAGGAAGAAGGCAUUGUGAAGGAAAUCGACAUCAGUCACCAUGUAAAAGAAGGAUUUGAAAAGGCAGACCCUUCCCAAUUUGAGCUCUUGAAAGUUUUAGGGCAAGGUUCCUAUGGAAAGGUGUUUCUUGUAAGGAAGAUCAAAGGUUCAGAUGCUGGACAGCUUUAUGCCAUGAAAGUUCUUAAGAAAGCUACACUAAAGGUUCGAGAUCGGGUAAGAUCCAAAAUGGAGAGAGAUAUUUUGGCGGAAGUGAAUCACCCUUUCAUUGUCAAGCUUCAUUAUGCCUUUCAGACUGAAGGAAAACUGUAUCUAAUAUUAGAUUUCCUACGGGGAGGAGAUCUUUUCACCAGACUCUCCAAGGAGGUAAUGUUUACAGAAGAGGAUGUCAAGUUCUACUUAGCUGAGCUGGCCUUGGCUUUAGACCACCUCCAUGGUCUAGGAAUCAUUUAUAGGGAUCUAAAGCCUGAAAAUAUUCUGCUAGACGAAGAGGGGCACAUUAAGAUUACAGAUUUUGGCCUGAGCAAAGAGGCUAUUGACCAUGACAAGCGAGCUUAUUCUUUCUGUGGGACAAUAGAAUAUAUGGCACCAGAGGUGGUGAAUCGAAGAGGGCACACACAGAGCGCAGACUGGUGGUCCUUCGGUGUGCUCAUGUUUGAAAUGCUAACAGGAUCACUACCAUUCCAAGGAAAGGACAGAAAGGAGACCAUGGCCCUCAUCCUCAAAGCUAAGCUAGGGAUGCCUCAGUUCCUAAGCAUUGAAGCCCAGAGUUUGCUGCGAGCACUCUUCAAAAGAAACCCCUCCAACAGACUAGGUGCUGGCCUUGAUGGAGUAGAAGAAAUUAAGCGUCAUCCGUUCUUUGUUACCAUUGAUUGGAAUAAGCUAUACAGAAAAGAGAUCAAGCCACCUUUUAAACCAGCAGUGGGCAGACCUGAAGACACAUUUCAUUUUGAUCCUGAGUUCACAUCCAGGACCCCUACAGAUUCCCCCGGUGUUCCUCCAAGUGCCAAUGCUCACAAUCUCUUUAGAGGAUUCAGUUUUGUGGCAUCCAGCCUGGUCCAAGAACCUGCACAACAAGAUCUCCACAAAGUCACAGUCCAUCCGAUUGUGCAGCAGUUACAUGGGAACAAUAUUCACUUUACAGAUGGCUAUGAGAUCAAGGAGGACAUAGGAGUCGGCUCAUAUUCGGUGUGCAAGAGAUGUGUGCAUAAAGCUACUGAUACUGAAUAUGCUGUGAAGAUAAUUGACAAGAGUAAAAGAGACCCCUCAGAAGAAAUUGAGAUUCUCUUACGAUAUGGACAGCAUCCAAACAUCAUCACCCUGAAGGAUGUCUACGAUGAUGGGAAAUAUGUUUACCUUGUGAUGGAGCUGAUGAGAGGUGGGGAACUCUUAGACCGCAUCCUCCGACAAAAGUAUUUCUCAGAAAGGGAGGCUAGUGCUGUGCUCUGUACCAUUACUAAGACUAUGGACUACCUCCAUUCACAAGGGGUCGUUCAUCGAGAUCUGAAGCCUAGUAAUAUCCUAUACAUGGAUGAGUCUGGGAAUCCAGAUUCCAUCAGGAUCUGUGAUUUUGGAUUUGCCAAGCAAUUGAGAGCAGAGAAUGGACUGCUCAUGACACCAUGCUACACAGCUAACUUUGUGGCUCCUGAGGUCUUGAAACGGCAGGGCUAUGAUGCAGCGUGUGAUAUCUGGAGCUUGGGCAUCCUCUUAUAUACAAUGCUGGCAGGGUUCACCCCUUUUGCAAAUGGGCCAGAUGACACGCCUGAAGAAAUCUUGGCAAGGAUCAGCAGUGGGAAAUAUGCACUUUCAGGAGGAAACUGGGAUUCUGUAUCUGAUGCUGCAAAAGAUGUUGUAUCCAAGAUGCUCCAUGUGGACCCCCAUCAGCGCCUGACUGCAGUCCAAGUACUGCGACAUCCAUGGAUCAUAAACAAGGACUACUUAUCUCAAAACCAGCUCAGCAGACAGGACGUCCACCUGGUGAAGGGUGCAAUGGCAGCCACCUACUUGGCUUUAAACAGAACCCCUCAGGCACCAAGGCUGGAGCCUGUAUUAUCCUCCAACCUGGCUCAGCGAAGGGGCAUGAAGAGGCUUACUUCCACAAGGUUGUAGCAGGCGAGGAAGAGCACCUAGUCACAAAUCCUACAGCUCCUCCCCAGAGAGGUCCAUCUUUGUUACUCAGCUCCUGGACUCAUGGAUACUGCACAUGAGCAUUGCUGGAAUGACCAGAAGUCCAAAAUAAGUCAGCACUCUCCCUUGGCUCUUUCAUUUCCUUUUCCAGCCCUGAACAGGACUCUGACUUAUUGACUUCUCAAAGCUGUGCUGUGCCAACAUUACCAAUUGCUCUUCUUCCUUAUUCCCAAGUAAAACCAAAUGAAUUAGUUUCCUCAGAGUCAUUUUAAAGAUCUUUGGGAUUCUAUGAGAACCUACAUAUGCCUAUAUUCGUCUUACUCUUUUCAUCAAAGUAAUUUUUAAGUGUUUUUAAAGAAACACUUUUUGAUUGAAAGGCCAAUGAUUUGAGCCCACAGUUUGCUGCCUUACCAGCUAACAUGCAUAGAAUAAAAAAAAAAUCAUUGUCCAAAUACUCCAUAUACCAAAAUCAAUGAUGCUCAUUUCCAAAAGGUCAAAGGCAACUAAAACAUUUUCCCAAGAUUUCCAGUUGUCCAGGUAAUGCUUGGACAUUUGGGCAUCUAGGAGUAGACACCUGUUUUCAUUCAGAGAAACCCAAGGUAUUACUUUUCUAUCUGCUCUCCUCCUGUUUUGAUUGAGAUAGUUUAUAAUUUCCCUCUUUCUCUUUUCAACUUGAAAGGGGAGAAAAAGCCUACCUAAGACGUAAACUAGUCCACCAAGAUGGUAGGUAAGACUUUGGCCUUUACAUACCAAUUUCACUAAAAUGCAGAAAAUUAACUCCUUACAAAGAAAGAAGCGUAAGAAAAACCCAUGUCCUUCUCAAUUUUCUUACUUCUACUGGCUUUAGCUCCUGGCAGUCACAAAGACCCAUUAAGGAUUUAGGGAGAGCUUUAGGUUUUCAUUCCCUCAAUAAGAUAAUUUCCCACUCCCUAUGCUUUCCAAAAGCAGUCUAUUUGCUGCUUGCUUUCAUUUUCAGCUCUAAGAAAAAACUGUGACUUUUGAGAAUAUCAAGCUCUGAUAUCCCCCACCCCAGAUUCUGUUGGCUGAGUCUGUGCCUCUCUUAAGUCCAACUGGAAUCAGGAGGUAUACCAUUCAGGCCUUCCACUCCCUUGCCCUAAAGAAGAAGAGGGGAGGUUUAGGGAGACAGAGCAAGAGGAUGCAUUAACAGUAGUGAUGCACUUUUUAGGAACUGCGUUUUUGUGUUGAAUGUUGUUUCUGUUCAGUAGGUCUAUUUUGAAAUCACUGUUUGACAUUUUAAUAAUUUAAAUACUAUUUAAAUGUUUGACUUGAUGUGCUGUGCACAUGGGGGGGUGGCAGCUAAGGGUUGGGAGGGGGGGAAGGGUUGGGGUAGGAGCUUUGAUGUGCUGACCUUUGCCAAAUCAAACAAUGCUGUGAAACGUCACCAGGCAAAAGACCCAGCACCAACAGGAAGUUGGAAAGGUAGACCUAGGUGUUAUUUCGUCUCCCUAAGGAUCCCUGUGGGUCUCACUUAGUCCGGUGUGUUCCGUCCAGGAACUCACCUCAGCAGAGUUGCAAAAGAAAGUAGUUUCACUAUUAUUCCAUUUUGGUUUUUUCCUGUACCAUUUACUGAGAAGAAACAACUCGUUUGGUAGUAACUAAGAGAAGAUCCAAGUUGAUGGUGAAUGCAACCUUUCUUCUGAGCUCAGUGGUGAACCUCAGUGUAAUUUCUUGUAAAUGGUACCAUUUGUUUCAUUUCUCUCCCCCUUCUUUUUCCACCUCCCACUUACAACCCAAACCCACCAUCAUCAAAAUAUAUGCUGAGGACAGAAAAAUGCUAGCUCAUGCAAGUUGCUUUCUGGACUUGAAAAAUAAACCUAUUUAAUAAAUAAUCUUUGAUUAUUCUGUUAGAUUUUACUGUUUGUAAAACACAAACAAAGGCAUCCAAGUCCAUCUUUAUUUUCCCAUAACUUCUGUUAUUCUCAUGUUUGUCAUUAUUUCCUCAAUGGGCUACUAGGUAGAGAAAUUUGGGUAUUGGUUGAUGAUUAUCCCCCUGCUUCAAAAAAAAAAAAAUGAAGGUAGCAGACCUCAACCUGCAGUGUCUCUCUCUUUGUUAGUCCUAAAAUUGAUGUCUGUUUCUUUUGUUAUUAAGGAUUUUUUAGAUUCCUUGGCUAUUAAGACAAGUGAUGGAUCACAUCACUUGGAGGUUUUAAAAAGGUAAGGAAGAAAUGAAUGAUACAGAACCACUCAGAGAUGGUGAAAGCAUGUUCCAUAUGUUUCUGCUGUAAACUAUACCAGCUAAAAUCUUUGGGUGUUUUUUUUUUAAUUCAUGCAGAUUCAUAUGCCUUUAUACACUGAACUGAACAGAUCCCAAAGGCAGUGAUAUAGUCUGCUAUUGCUAUAGCAAAGAUCAACUUGCCUAAUACCACUUCAUGCAUGGGCGUUACCAUAUCUGCUAGAAGGAAAUACCCUAUUACAGCACACUGAUAAGAGGUAUUAGAUUCUGUUAUAACCAAAUCCAAUUGGGUGACUAAAAAGCACACCCAGUUUUUGAAACUCUUAUCCAAAAUAAAAAGUUCUUGAAGUCAUUCAAUAAAAAGUCAGCCAAGAUUUUCCUUUCCUCUUAGCAAUGGGCACCCACAACUCAACUGAGUAGUUGUGCACAGUGAAUGGUUUAAACUCAGAAAAGAGUGAAUGGUUAUGUCCAUUUACAAGCACAAAUUCAGUGCUGGCCUUCUUGUACCAGAAUAGUAUUUUCUUCCAUUCCUAGCAUGCAUCUAUAUAUAUAUAUAGACUUUUUUUUAACCAAAACCACUAAUCCCAACAAAACUAAUUCAAGUAGACAGUAUCCACUCCAAAUUAAGAAAUGAGCAAAAACAAACAAAUCUUAGGUAAGAUGCUUAACAGGUUUGUUUGGUUUUUUCAUUUCUAUGUGGAUUGAUUUUAAUUGAUAGUACUUCAGGUUAAGCCAGUAUUGUGGAUUAAAUGGUAUUAUCCUUAAAAUUGCACAGUGGGAUUUUACCUUCUAUUUUAUUCUUUGAAAUGCAUCAUAAAGACUUCAUUUGCACUCCACUCUAUUUCUGAGAUGGUUGUAUGUUCUCCUCCCUCCCUUUCACCUUUCAGUGUCACAAAAAAAAAAAAAUCUCAGAAAGAACAAGAAGCUGAGAAAAUGUAACAUUUCAGAAGGCCAGGAAUCAGAUGGCAAUCCAUGCUUAUACGGCUCACUUCUAACUAGUAGGUCAAACAAUGAAAUCCCUGGACAUGUGUGUGUGUUCAUUAGUAUUUAACAGCUUUUCUACCUAGAUAUCAUGACCCAGCACUUUGUUUACAGGCUCAGUAUCUAUGUUUACAAAUCAUUUUUAUGUUCACGCUUUCUAUUUUGUUUGAAAUAAGCAGUCACUGUACAGAUAUUUAUUACGCUUUCCAGAGUUUUCUGAAUAGAUUUUUUUUGAAAAAAACAUGGGUUUUAUGAAGUGUAAUAUUUUUAUAGCAUAACAACCUUUGGACUUUCUAUAUUGCUCCUAACAAUGGUCUGUGGAUAAGCUUCUUGCUACCCUUUCCCCUUGCACUGUUUUUGGUGCUGCUGCUGGCGUCAGCUGCUGUCGUGUAGCAUCCUUAAGAGGUAGAUGGUACUGUAUUGUGUAACUAUCUGAACUGAGAACUCCGUGUGUUUGUGUGUAGGCGAGUGUGAGAAGCCCAGUUGCAUGAUGAUGGACACUGGUAGAAUACAAUGAGCAGUUGUACUGUAGAGUGGGGCAAGAGCUCACAGGGGCAGGCUGCUGGGGAGAAUCCUCAUUGUAUCCUUCUGUACUCUGCCCUUUUGGCUUGGCAUGCACAUCCUUUCUUUAUAAAGAAAUAAAACAAAAUUCUAUGCUGUU